GGGCAAAUUUGGUCAGGGCUUCAAUGCUUGGAAAUUGGAGUGCAUCCUCCUUUUCGAUUGAUUGCCCGAUUUCUCGGGAAGCAUUACUUUGCCACCAUUCACCGGCAGAGGAGUUCCUUCAUCUCACAGCCUCACCACUCGGUACGAUGCUGGCCGUCAGCCCCCCUGGCCGAAAUGGUCAUGGGUUACUACUGCUUGCUGCCAUCAUCCUCCUGCUCGUACAAUCUGUGGCUGCCAAGGUGAAGCUCGACCAGGUGGGCGAAAACGCCAACCCCGACGUCUCGGGAAGAGUCCACUUCUACGCACCACGUCUCGACCGGACCUAUCCAGGCUCGUGGGACAACACCACACCGAACCCGUGGACCCUCGAGCUCAACAUCACCAGAGACCGCACGACUGGCCCCCUUGCAGACAGCCGCGUCCCACUCUUCACGCUACAGGCCAUACCGCCCGCGCCGGGCCUGGACGGGGCGGUCUACUGGCCGAACGGCUCCUACACCAUCGGCGAUGUUGGGCCCUACGCUGUUAACCCCACCACGCAGAGCUGGUAUGUCCAGAUGGGUGUGCCGUACUGGACUCCAGACCUCGAGGUGCCCGAGGGCAACGACAAGCAGCGAGGGACCUGCCCCGGAAGCAUAUGGACCAGCAGGUGUAUGGCUGCGAUGCGCCAGGCCAUCCAAGCCCAAGAUCACUAUGACCGCUUCAACGUCACGGGUCUUGCAGCCUGUGAGAGCCAGCCGACACUACACUUUCCCGUGUUCGGCAUAAGCCCGGAUGACGAUUUUACUGCCGGUACUAUCGACCGCAACAUCGCUCCUGAUGGCUUUGGCACCUUUACAGAAUACGACAGGCGAGGACUCGCGACGUUUCCGGUAGCCCUCGUCUUCAACAUUCCUUACUGGUCCAAACUUCCUCAGCCGCCCUUGCCCGACGAGAACAUCAUCUUCGCAUGUGUCAAGGUAGAUACAACUCACAAUGGUGCCAAGAUGCCAACCGGAGGAGGUGUGAUGACCGGAGGAAGUGCUCGGCAGGUUGGCGGGCAGGGUCGGUCGGCAAUAUGGUUCGCUAUUGUCUCGGCGCUUUUUCUACUGGACAAAAGGCCUGGAGCAUAAUCAUAAAUAAAUCAAUCU